AUCGGUGUGCUUUUGGUACUUUUGAUUUCCAGACAUUUUCUGCGUUCUAAAUCCAGCGACAUUUGUUACUGGAUGAAAAAGUUAAAGCAAGAUGGAUGUAAUAGUCGAAGAACACGUCAAUCCUGAGGAUUUAAAGAAAUUUGAAAAAACAUAUCGUGACCAAGAAUUGAGAGGAAAACCCAGUGAUAAGGCUAUGUUUGAUUAUGCCUGGUGCCUAGUUCGAAGCAAAUAUUUACAGGAUAUGCAGAAGGGGGUAGCAUUGCUUGAAGAAUUAUUUCGUAAAACUAAAGAUGAAGUUGCUAAGAGAGACUAUUUAUAUUAUAUGUCUAUAGCAUAUACCAGAAUAAAGGAAUAUGAUACAGCACUAAAAUAUGCCAAUGCUAUUAGAAAAAUUGAACCUGGUAAUAAACAAGCUGUACAAUUAGAAGAUUAUAUUAAGAAAAAGAUGAAGAAAGAAGGUCUGAUGGGAAUAGCAAUUGUUGGCGGAGCUGCACUAGCACUUGGUGGAAUAGUCGGACUAGGACUGGCUGCAUUAUCAAAAAAAUGAGAAAUACCUUAUAAUGACAUUUAUGAAUGAAAAUAAAGUUAAAUAAGGUGGUAAUUAUAUAUAUUAAUGGGACCUGCCAUUUAUAUUUAUAACAUAUUCUAUUUACAGUAAUCGUGGGUUUUGAUAGCUGUAAACAACAUGAUCAUAUAUACAUGAUUCGAAAGCAGCAAAAUGAAUAGCCACAGAUAAUCAUGUCUUCGUGUUCUUCAUGUUCUUUUUAUUCAGACAAGUAAAAAUUUGUUGUUUUUUUUUAUAUAUAUAUAAAAUAAAUUAUUUAUGAUGUUAUCUGAUCGAAUUAUUAUAUGAAAAUACGAAAUGUCUGUUUUUUGUUAAUAUUUUCAUUUCACAAAUUUUGGUGCAGACAUGCGUAUAUAUUUCAUUUAAUAACCAUAUAUUUUUAAGUUCAUUAAAUGUAUUUUAUAUGUAAUUAAACAUUUAAGUAUCUUACUAACUGUUUUGGUAAUGUUACAUUUCUUUAAGGAACAGCACACCAGAAUUUACAUCAAACAUAAGAGUUUAAGACAAUAACAAACAAGUUUGCAAAAUUGUUUCUUCAAUACAUUAGCACGUCUUGUAUAUGGCCAUAUGCAGUUUGCAUUAAUUUAUGCUGCUACUACAGUGCUCUGAUUUAUUUAAAUAGGGAAUCUAUUAUGUUUUAUUAUGUGAAUGUUAAUAUCAAAAAACUAAACUGUGCUGGGCCCAGGUUUUACUACAGAAUGGCCAGUUAUCUAUGUACAUAUUGUUUUGUGUUAAAUGUAAAGUAAAUCAAUGUCAAUCAUUA